AAGAAGACCACAACAUAUUCAUUUCGACUGAGCACCGAAACAUUUGCAGGCUUACACUCCAUAUAUAAUCAUAAUGUAUAGACGAAGUGGUCGCUUGCAAACGGUAAAAUCUGAAAAUGCAUCAAUCCAGAAAGGCAAGAUUACAAAGCAAGGCAACAAAAAGAAGUGUCAGCCCUUGUCAAAACGUCAAAGUGGGAUUCAGAACCAGCUAGUCCUUGAAGGAGUCAGCAACCCCUGCGUUCUUGUGAAAACCCCUGAGAAAAGGGUUGAGACAGCCUGUGAACUGUCUAACUUCGAAGACCUAAGGUCUGGAAAAAAAAUUGUGGUGCAGCCAUCUCCUCUUCCCCUCAGCUGGGGUUGUCCAGAAGUGUGGGAUAAGAUGUUGAUGAAGGAGCGGAAAUACACACACAGCAAUAACUUCACGCAGCUGCAUCCCAGAAUACAGCCCAAGAUGAGGUCCAUUCUCCUCGACUGGUUACUUGAGGUGAGUGAGGUCUACACCCUUCAUCGGGAGACGUUUUACCUGGCACAGGACUACUUCGACCGGUUCAUGCUGAUCCAGGAGGACAUUGAUAAGGACAGACUGCAGCUUAUUGGAAUCACCUCACUCUUCAUCGCAGCUAAAAUAGAGGAAAUGUAUCCUCCAAAGCUUCAUGAGCUAGCCUAUGUAACAGAUGGGGCAUGCAUGGAGGAGGAGAUUCUGCAAAUGGAACUGGUCAUUUUGAAGGCAUUAAACUGGAGUCUUUGUCCUGAGACCGUUGUUGUAUGGCUGAAGCUCAUGAUCCAGAUGGCAUCACUGGAAGACCAACCUGACUGUGAUAUUCUGUUGCCUGAGUUUUCUCAGGAGAGUUAUAUACAGGUCACACGGCUCUUAGAUCUGUGCAUCCUCAAUAUCAAUUCAUUGGACUACCAGUAUCGGGUGCUGGCGGCGGCAGCGUUAUGUCAUUACCUACCGUAUGAAGUGGUAGAAAAAGUAUCAGGUCUGACGUGGGAUGUCCUGGACGGUGUUACUGACUGGAUGGCUCCCUUUGUGGAUACGGUCGCUGUGUGUGGCAGGGCACAGCUGAAGGACUUUAUCAAAGUAGCCUCUGAGGACAGGCAUAACAUCCAGACACACUCAAGCUACUUACUCAUGCUGGAAGAGGCCAGGAGGAGGGAGUUGGAGCACCAGUUCCUGACUCCCCCCAACAGCACAGAGAAGCCCAUGACACACUGAGCCUGGAGACAGUGGUCUGAAGCUCUAAACUAACACUGGGAAGAUAACUGCAAAGAGCCCACUGCCUGUCUACAGACUGGCUCUGUCAUAUUCUAAAAUAGGCAAAUACAGGACAGGAGAUGGUUCGUGGUUGAUAAAGCAUCGACUGUUUAUCAGGGACCAAAGGAAUGACUAGUCUGCUUUGCACCAAGGGUCCAGACCUGGCUGUUUUGCCUAAGAUCCUGAGCUGGAUGUCCAGCUCAUUUAAUGAACAUGUUUGCAUAUGAACUUGAUUUUUUUUAUUUUUAUGUAAUGUUUUGAAUGAGGACAAGUUUCCUCAAUAAAGUAUUAUGGGUUUA